CAGUCAGUAAUCAAAAUGACGUUACGGGUCGAAGUACCCGGAGAAAAGGUCGUGAAUUUAGAAGCAUGCAAGUGCAUAUCAUAUGAUAAUGAAAUAAAAAAAUCUGAAACGAAAUUAAAUGGCCGAUUAAAAGAAUUUAUCAAAAAGACAUGGGCUCUGAGAUCGAAAGUGACAGUGGAACCGUAUGUAAUAUGUUAUGUGUUACCGAGUGUUUUGGCGGGAUUAGCGGUACAAAAUUUAUGUUUAGAGAAAUCAUGUCUAGUGAAUUUGAAAUACGACGAACAGACAUGUUUGCAUAUUAUGCAGGGUCGUACACACAAUUAUACGGAACAAGAGAAAAAUGUUCAAAAGAUGGUAGCGGGUAUGACCGCUUGGAGUUUUCCGUUACAGACCGCAUUGCCGGGAAUACUGGCACUUUUUGUAGGUGCGUGGAGCGAUCGUACGGGCAACAGGAAGAGUUUUAUGGUGCUUCCAAUCUUAGGCAAAUUAUUAUCGAUUUUCGGUAUUAUACUGAGCACAGUUUUCUUCCUUCAAGUUGGUCUAAACGAAACGGCCUUAAUCGAAGGACUUCCUCCAGCGCUUGCCGGUGGUCGCGUCGCCAUGACGAUGGCUGUGUAUAGUUAUGUUACAGAUAUUACGAGUGAUUCUGAACGGACUUUUCGCUUAGGUAUAAUCACGGCGAUACUGACCCUAAGCAGGCCGAUCGGGCUUGCACUUAGUGGUAUAAUGACGAAACGUUUCGGCUAUUACGGUGUUUUUACAGUCGCCUCUAUUUUCUACAUGACUGGUUUUGUAUACAUUGUUCUUAGACUGAAGGAAAAGACCCAAAAAAAGAUAGAUAGCGAUGAGUCCCAGACGGUGUUUUCGAUGUUCUCAGUGAAGGAUUUUGUGGCAACGGUAAACGUUGCGUUCAAAAAGCGCCAAGGAUCGAGGCGUAUGCAAAUCGUACUAGUAAUGUUUGCAUAUAUGUUCAUCGUUGGACCUGUUUUAGGUGAGGCGCAGAUGACGUACUGGUUCACUCGCUACAAGUUCAAAUUCACCGAAGUCGACUACAGCUUGUUCCUCACGUACUCCGUACUUGUUGGCAGUAUUGGAUCUUUCAUAACAAUAUAUUUAUUCAGCAAGAGGUGGAAUAUUGAAGACAGCGUAAUUGGAAUCGUGGCGUGUGUGAGCAGGAUAGCAGCUAGUAUGGUGUACGCUUUGGCCCCGAGUCGUACGGUGUACUUCCUGGGACCAGUUUUGGAUAUGUUUAGCGCCGCGGGUGCUACUUCUCUACGAUCGAUUGCUACGAAACUUGUAAAGGCUGAUGAAGUCGGUAAAACCAGCUCUCUAAUCAGUAUAUCAGAGGCCUUAGUUCCCGUUAUUUACUCACCCGUGUAUAGUAAAGUGUACCUCAGUACCCUGUCCACGUUUGCCGGCGCUUUUUAUCUCAUUAGCGCUGCACUUGCUGUUCCUGCCAUACUUAUAUAUUUAAGUUUAUUCAUAUUGCGAAGAAGAGAUUCAGAGGCAAACAAGGCUGCAGAAAGCAAGCCCAAAGAAGAUGAAGUUACCAGAUUUUAGUGAAAUUUCGUUUUGUAUUUAUUGUUAAGUUUAUUAUAUAACUAAUAUGUACCUAUUACAAAAUCUCAAUAAAUGUAAGGUUUGUAUUGAA